AUGGUCGGAGCCCCGGAUGUUGUCAAACCAUCAGAGAAGGUCGAAGAUCAGUCGCCAUACGUCAACGGGAACCCAGUUUUUACUAUCAGCGAUGAAAUUGGUGGACAAGACAACUACACUAUGGCGUCGAUAAAUUCAAAUGAAAAAAGUCCGGGGGAUCCACCGGAUAAAAAACUAGCAGAGGCGGAUGCAGAAAAACAACCACUAUCAGGAAAGAAAGAGGAACGAUGGUGGUCAACGUUGAUGCAAGUGGCUGUGCCAUUCUUCAUUGCUGGAUGUGGUACAAUCGGAGCUGGAUUAGUUUUGGGCCAUGUCAAGGAAUGGGAUGUAUUCGUCAACGUGUCAGCCAUAUUUGUUUUGGUGCCGUCUCUCUCUGGUCUUAAAGGUAAUCUGGACAUGUGUCUAGCGUCCAGACUGUCCACGCAGGCGAACCUUGGCAACAUGUCGUCGACACGGGAAGUCAUAUCUAUGGUCGUCGGAAACAUAUCACUAGUUCAGGUACAAGCGAUAGUAGCAGCGACGGUGGUGUCGAUAUUCGCGAUAAUCGUGAACAUUAUCACCGACCGCGCCAUUAACGGCUCCUACGUACUCCUGUUGAUUGCCUCCGCAGUCUUCACGGCUACUACCACCUGCUUCGUUUUGGAUUUCGUGAUGGUGAUGGUGAUCUACGGUUCGCACAAGUUCAAAGUGAACCCUGACAACGUGGCAACACCACUAGCGGCAUCUAUCGGUGACAUCGUGAGCAACACCGUGCUCGCCGUCACCGCCGAUUACAUGUAUCAACAGAUACGUACUGAUAGUGGAAGGAGUGAGAGAGAAAUAUCGUUAUGGCAGCCAAUUGCUUUAAUGUGCGUCUACUACAGUCUACUGCCCCUAUGGGUCUUCAUCGUAUGGCGCAACAAGUACACCAAAAAGGUUCUUACCAGUGGAUGGACUCCAGUUAUCUCUGCACUCUUCAUCAGUGGUAUCGGAGGUAUCGUUUUGGACAAAGCAGUGGACAGCUACCCCGGCUACGAAGUCUUCCAGCCCAUUGUCAAUGGCAUCGGUGGAAACCUGGUCUGCGUACAAUCUUCAAGAUUGGCCACCCAUCUCCAUCAGACGGCUAUUCCUGGAGAGCUACCUGAAAACACCAGGCUCAUUGAAUGGCCUUGGAAGACGCUGUUCUAUGGAACUAAAGCAGCUAAGGUCGCUCGUAUGCUGUUGGUCCUCGCAUUGUUCGGUCAGAUUAUCUUCAUGGUAGUGGCUGACUUUGUCUACCAAGGCUAUGUCACCUUACAAGUGCCCUUCGGAAUCACUUACCUCUUGUGCUCAUUGUUGCAAGUCAUGGUAUUGUUGUACCUAGCUUAUAUGCUAGUCCACCUGAUGUGGAAGAAGAAGAAGGAUCCCGACAACGCAGCCAUCCCCUACCUGACCGCUCUAGGAGAUCUCCUAGGAUCAGUGUUCCUAGGACUCACCUUCGUGAUCCUCUCCAUCUUCGGAAUGCAAUACGGUAACAAUGUCCAGUGA